AUGUCCGAAGAAGACAUUGAACAGUGCCUUUACCUGAAUCAAAAGUCCUUUGACCCUGAGCAAAUGAACAAUUCCAGCGGUUCGGGCUCCGGUGCAUUAGGCGCCCCUGCCACCACCGGCAUUAUGGCCUCCUUGGCCAGUUUCUCUGGACGACCUCCCAGACCGGAGAUUCUUCGUGUGCGCACCCUCCUUUGCAGUGCUCAGUACACAACAGAUGAACACCUGGCCAAAGUGUUGCAGUGGCGACAACACGAAGACGAUCUCAUUCACUGUCUACAUAAACUGGUCUUGUUGACAGAAAAGAGCUUCGAACUACGAAAGUUUACUCUACCGGUUAUGGACAGUCUUCUUCAAAUUCUCGCUUCCGUACACCUUAGGGAGCUUCCAAUCGGUGAAUCCAAUCCUCAGAGCAAUGCCUACAUACUGGGCCGUUCUGUGAUUGUCGUCCUGACGAAGAUCUAUCGAGACAUUGCCUGCUCCACAUUGCUGCGAGACCAACUCACUUCCUACCUAAAAAGUGGCCUUUUUAAGAACUACUUUGUGCACAAUCAGUACCUUACGAUAAUAUACAGGAUCCUCUUGGAUACUCAGCUUUUGUCGACGCAGGUCGGCCAGGGCGAAGUUAAAUUUGAAUUGAUCUGCUCAACCCUGCGCUGGGCAUUUCAGAUCAUUGUUCGCUCAAGAGUAAGUUUUUUUCCGUUGGUCGCGCUGUUUUGUGCCUUGCUUCAUAGAUAA